UCGCCGAACCCGUAACCCGCAUUGCAGCAUCAGCACGCAGAGCACAAGCAGCAGGCAGCGAUAAGAUUAUCUUCCAGAAACACGCAAAGAUGAUACUUCUCCUCCCCCUUCUGUUAAUCUCCACAGCUGUGGCUUCUCCUUUGCUGGGGAAGGAGCAGUGUGCAAAGGGCCCCCCCUAUUGGUGCCAGAAUGUCAAGAUAGCCUCUCAGUGUGGGGCUGUGACCCACUGCCAGCAAAACAUCUGGAACAAGCCAACUGCAAAAUCUGUGCCAUGUGACUUCUGCAAGGAAGUCCUCGGUGUCGUUGGGAACCUGCUGAAGGACAAUGCGACGGAGACGGAGAUCCUGGGCUACCUGGAGAAGGCAUGUCAACUGAUCCCAGACCAGGGCAUGUCUGAUGAGUGCAAGGAUAUGGUGGAAAAUUACUUCCCCAUUGUCAUGGCCAUUAUCAAGGGAGAGCUGGCAGACCCGAAUGUAACCUGCUGUGCCCUGGGCCUGUGUAAAUCCCUGCAGCAGCAGUUGGGUGCUGCUGCCGCCACUGCCCAGCAGAUCCUGUCCAAUGAGAUUCCCAAGGUUGACCUCUCCAAGGUGGUGUCCCCCUUCAUCGCUAACAUCCCCCUGCUGCUGCACCCCCAAGGCAAAACGGAGGAGGCCCCCCCUGCGGAGGAUGGAGACGUGUGCAAAGAUUGCGUGACACUGGUUUCCGAUGCUCAGGCAGAGGCCAAGGCCAACUCCUCGUUUGUGAAUAGGAUCGUCGAGCAGAUCAAGGAGCAGUGUGACCUGCUGGGGUCUGGCAUGGCUGAUCUGUGCAAAGAGUAUGUCAGCCAGUAUGCUCCACUUGUUAUCCAGCAGUUGAUGUCCAUGGACCAGAAACCUGAAGACAUCUGUGCCAGAGCUGGGUUCUGUGCCUCCUCUGUGAAGUCUGUGCCCAUGCAGACUCUCGUUGCUGCUAAGCUGUUCCCAGCUACAAAGGUCAUCCAGGCCACCAAGGUCUCUGCGCCUGCCAAGAAUCUGGUGAAGGUCCGUGAUUCCCCACAGUGUGCUGUCUGCGAGUAUGUUAUGAAGGAGAUUGAGAGCAUGGUGGAGCAGGAGAAGACUGAGGAGUCGAUAAUCCAUGCUGUUAAGGUGGUCUGCUCCAUCCUGCCUGACACCCUCUCUGCCCAGUGCCGUGACCUUAUCGAAUCCUACGGCCAGGCCAUCAUCGAGCUGCUGAUUCAGGAGGCUGACCCCAAGACCAUCUGCACUGUGCUGGGGCUCUGCAAGGACGCCAGCCGCCUCUAUAUCCCGGCAAUGGACCAGGCUCGCUUCAAGGCAGGCGAUUUUUGCCAGGUGUGCCAGAUGGCAGUGAGAUAUAUCGAUGGGAUCCUGCAGCAGAAUGCCACUGAGGCAGAGAUCGAGGCUGCUGUGCAGAAAGUGUGCAGCUUCCUGCCUGCAGCCAUGCAAGAGGAGUGUGACCAGUUGGUGGAGCAGUAUGAGCCGAUGCUCGUUCAGCUCCUGCUGCAAAUUCUGGAUCCUGACUUCGUCUGCACUAAACUGAGUGCCUGCCCAAGUGCAUCUCAACCCAACCUGCUGGGAAGUGAACAGUGCAGUUGGGGACCGUCCUUCUGGUGCAAGAACAUGGACACUGCCUCCCGCUGCAAUGCUGUUGAACACUGUAGGCGCCAUGUGUGGAACUAAAAUACUGAAUGAACACAACUGGAAGAAUUUUUUUUUAUUAGAUUCAAAAUGACAGUGUUGUAUUUAGUUUAAUUUUUCUUGUUCGUCUUUUAAGAGAAUCGGGCUCUUGCAUUUAGCUUAUAACCUGGCUGCGCAACAAUACCAUGCUAACAUGGUACUGUCAAUUACUUUUGGAUGAGAGGGAAUGUGAGCUCAUGUUUUAUAGAUUUGUGUUUCUGUAGAAGCAAAGAGACUUGUACUGUAACUAGUAACUGUUUCUCCAUUUAGAUGCACUGGAUGCAUACAGGGAAUGAAAUGGGAGAUUUUGAAUGCUAGAUAAGAAUUGGUUGAGGGCCAUUUGAACCUGACCACUGAAGUUAGCCUAUUCUGCUUUUAGGUUGUGAGUAUAUUUGGCUUUUAAAUGUUACUGGAUGGCCAAGCCCAAUUUAUAGGCAUGUCUCUCUCUGUGUGAAGAGAUUGGGUGGUAACGAUUUAUCAAUAUACUUCAAAGUUGAGGUGCCAGAAUCUGACUGAACCAAUGACUACAUUUAUUAUUGUGACCACUGCUUUGUGUGAAACAGUGCGACUCCAUCCCUGUUCCAAUUUUUAUUUUACAAGGAAUUUGCCAUCCUUUUUACAUGCAGAAAGGCAGUGUGUAGGUACAAGUUAUUUGCUAACCUGAUGUACACAAAGGGUUGAGAGACUACUGAAAAUGUAAGUUAAUUAUUUUCAGGCAUUCUGACUGGCUAGCUGAGAUACUAGCAUUUUUUUUCUGCAAUUUUGGCAACCACUAGAUUGAAGGACCUGUAGUUGCUAGGGAACUGCAUUUCGAGGCGACUGGUGAAAUGGAUGCGACUUGAAUUUAUUUUAAUUCAAGUCACAAGUCCUAAUACAAGCUUUCUAUUCAUUUUUUUAUUUUUUUUUGGCAGUAAUUUUGUUGCGCAUCCUGAUUUGUGGUGUUUUUAAUGAGCUAAAGUAAAUCUUUCCUAAUCCUAGGCAUUGGAGUCGUAAUGGCAUACCAGUAUCAAUUUGUGAUCUGAUUCAUACCUGCAGAUUUGUAACUAAAUAAAGCUUUGUUUGUGUGUUUUUUUUUUUUUUUGUUUGUUUUGUUUCUCUGUUCAGAUCUCAAUGUCUGUAAUCAAAGAGUGUGCAUCUGGCUUUCAACUCCUGAUCUAACUGUUUUGACAGACUCUUAAUAAUAAAAAUAAAUUAUUCUGAAACCUU